CAAAAAUAUGACACUUGGCCCAUGCUCACAUUAUGAUCAUUGAAUACGAAAAAUGGGCGUUGACUAUAUUUAUUGUGAUCUCAAUGAUAUCACGAAGCGGUAACUCACAGAUGCCAAUGACUAGUAUGUAUGGCAUGGUACAGCCACCGUUGUUUGGGAUGCCGAUGACAAUGUACGGUAUGCAACCGCCACGACCACCAGUUAUACAAACUGUACAAAUCUUAGCCGAUGUCGAGUCCGACAAUGACGACAAUAUCAAACCAAUGAGCAAUAAAAUGUAUGACAAGAAUAAUCAGGAUAAUAAUGUCAAAGGUUUCAACGAUUUGACACGUAUGCAAGCUCGUGAUCCCCCGCCCAUGCCUCCUCCCAUGCCUCCGCAUGAUCCUCCACCUAUGCCUCCGCCCAUGCCCAUGGGUAUGCAGAUGCCUGUGCCUAUGCCGAUGACGAUGCAGAUGGCUGGGCCUAUACGAGCAUCCAUACCGGCGAUGACACCCCCUUCCUUCUGCCAAAACAAACCUCGUCACAAAAACUGCCCACCGUGCCCUCCCUGCCUGUGUUCUCCAUCCUGCACUCCAUCCUUCUAUUCCUACUGCUCGUCAUGUCAUAAAAAAUGUAGAUGUCGAAGUCGGGACGAAACACCGUCUCCACGACCGGCGGUGUCAAGUCCAGAAUAUGCUAUUCCUUUCGCUCCUGCUUUAGCACAUGUGGUUGUUCCUUUAGGUGAUUAUUAUAAGGAAAAAAAUCAUGUCCAUGAUACCGAAGAAUCUGAGGAUAGUGCUAGUGAAAGUUGUGAAAAGCCAGAGGCAUUGAAAAAGAAAACCACCAGGCGUAGACAAAAUUUCCGUAGGUUAGAUCAAUCAGACGUAGAUUUUGAUGGACGUUUUGUGCGGCCUGAGAUAUCGUACAUUGCUGAUAAUGGGGAAGUCAAAAUCAGAAGACGUCUUAGUAAUGCUGAAGCAGAAAACCUACUCGGUGAAGGCAAUAACAACAACGAAUUAAAGAGACAAACAUCACACCAUUUAGAUAAACAGUCAAAUUCAAGAGUAAACGUUAUAGCUGCUCCUUCUGAGCUGAUGAUUGAGCAAGAGCCAAUUGCUAUUAACCUAAAUCAUGGUCCUGCUAACUCAGACUUUGUGCCAGAUUCUAUAUUUGAAAGUAUAAGAAGAAAACUUAUGAACAGUGAUGUAGAGCCAGAAACACUAAAAUCUGGUAAAAAACAUUUGGUGUUCAAACCUCCUCAUGAUAAAAAAAUCAGCAAUGUAUCAGUAUCAUUCAUGGUGACGUAAAAUACUACGGUUGUUGUACUCUGUUUAAAUGACUGACUUUUUGUAACAAGAUUUAGCGCUAAAUUCUUAUUUAAAAUUAAUUUAUUUUUAUUUAUUCAGUAAGUUAAGUAUUUGUAAAGAGGUAAAUACACUUAGUACAUUCUUUAGACCGAUUUGUUACGUAAGAUAGUAGAGUCUGCAGCACAUGAUAUGGUUUUCAAACCAGUGAGUUGCGUAAAUUAGUUUCAAUCGAACAAUGGAAAAUCAUACAAUGAUUUGAGAUAACAGCCCUUACACUACAGUCUUAAGCACUAUAUAACGUCAAAGUUUUUUUGAUUUCUCACAUUUUCCAUUUCCAUAACUGUUGAAACUCUAAUGACAUCGCUAUCAGGAAAAUGUUUAAGUCUAUAUAUAUUGUUUUAAUACUAGCGUAUCAAAUAUGUUUUUCCCUAAGUGAAUUGAGCGAUUUAGAUGAUGAAAUUUUUGAUAUACUGAAUAAACCAUCGAUGGACGAUCAAUCAGAUAGUGAUCGAUUAGAUUCAUUUCUGAUGAAAAAUCAGCUACAUAAAGAAUUUGAUCAAAUGAACUCUGCUUCAAUGAUGUCAGUGCCGAAAAGUGAUUCAUCAUUAAAAGAAUUUAGACAAUUGCAAGACAAAAUUAUUAAUGAAAACAAUGAGGAAAUAUUAAGACGAAUGGGUGGAUUGAGAGUAGGCCUGAAUUCGACGCCGCCAUUACCGAUCGUGCCGGCAGUGCCGGCACUACCGGCUAUGCCUGUGGUCCCGGUACCGAUACCGCAGCCGAUCGUGAUUCCUGGGAAGGUAUACUAUGAGCCUGUGAUACAUGAUCAUCCACCACUGCAUAAAAUAAAAAAGCUGCUGAAAUUGAAAGGAAAGAAUAAGGAGAAGUACUUAAACGAAGAUUCAAGUGGUUGCGAUGAGUCCAGCGAGACUUCCGAUGACAGCUCUAGCAACAGCGCGAGCACAAACUCUGAAACCGAUACAUCGUUUGAAUAUUACGACGAUUUCUUCGGCGUCCGCAAUUGACAUGCUUUCAGUCAAUCCAAUGUUGAUUUCUUUACUAUUACUGCUACAAUUAAGUAUGUCUCAUUUAAUUACAGCAAAGUAUGAAUCAUUGACUUCAUUUAUGUUUUGUGAUGUUUUUUAUACAUGUUCUUAUUUUUAUAAUAAAACUUGUAAUUAUUAUAAACGUUUGCAUUUUGUAUAUUGUCCUUUAUAUCAUUUAAUUUCUAAGUAAAUUAUUUUUAUCAACACUACGAC